AACCUGGAAAAUCGAACGCUGAGCAUCAAGGCUCUAGGGCUCGCCUCCCAUCCCAGGAGAACAACACGAGACUGCGGAAGAGACAGAAAUAACACYGAGUCAUGUCUGACUCUGAGACCAUUGAGACAGCCGCUCUGGGCCGACCAUUCCAGCUGGGGAUGCUGUAUGACUGUCGCAGGGAUGUCCUCAUUCCAGGUAUCACACUCUGGGAUUCUGAAAUGCUACAGAAAGACAUAAAUGUCUCUCCACAACCUAACACUGAUUUCAAAAUCAUUGCUUCCGACUCAAGUGAAGACAAGUCAGAAGCUUUGAAUGUGUCUGCAUCUCUGGAGGCCAGUUUUCUUGGUGGCUUAGUCAGUGUGAAGGGUUCUGCUGAAUUCCUACAUGAUAAAAAGACCUCAAAGCAUCAGUCUAGGGUUUCUCUGCAGUACCGUACCACCACUCGCUUCGAGCAGCUGACCAUGGACCACCUGGGGGCAGGAAAUGUGAAACACRYUAAUGUCUUCCAAGAGGGUUCUGCCACACAUGUGGUGACUGCCAUUCUCUACGGUGCACAAGCCUUCUUUGUUUUUGACCGUGAGGUUUCCUCAGGAGAAAACCACCAGGAUAUUCAAGGAAACCUGCAGGCCACAAUAAAGAAGAUCCCCCUCAUAACAAUAGAAGGGCAGGCAUCACUGAAGAUGAGCGAGGAAGAGAAGCAACAGGCCAAUACAUUCAGCUGCACUUUCCAUGGUGAUUUUGCACUAGAAAACAARCCUGUCACAUUUGAAGAUGCCACCAGGCUGUAUGCCYGCCUGCCACGUCUGUUAGGGGAAAAGGGAGAACAUGCUGUGCCCAUGACUGUCUGGCUCUAUCCUCUCAAGAACCUGGACUCUGCAGCRGCCCAGCUAGUCAGGCAGAUCAGUGUUAGCCUGGUGRGUCGRGCACAGCGYKUCUUYGAC